GUCUGAGGACACUUCCUAUCCCCCAACCAAUACAGAUCACCCCCAUACUGCUUGCCCCCCCAAGAUUCCCCCCCUUUUCUAACUAAGAGUGAUUCGUUUCCAGCCUUCCCGGAUAAGUAUUAUGUUUAUACAACUUGUUUUACACCAAUUCUCUAUGGAAAGUAAAGGGUAUCGGAUUUUUACUGCCAGUGGCAAGUGUGACGGGCGUGACGCCUUCAGGGAAGCUUGAUCCUAGUUUUUCCCAAUACACUGGGACACUUGAAUAAGACUCCGGCAGAGUUUAUUUGCCUUGUCUUAUCACUACAACACAUCCCGACUCUCCUGAAUUUCUCAAUUUCUGCUCUGCUGAGAUUUGAAAAUGGUUGGAUUCAAGCCCACCGACGUGCCCCCUACAGCCGCCGUGAAGUUUAUUGGCGCAGGUACAGCAGCCUGCAUCGCUGACCUGUUCACCUUCCCUUUGGACACCGCCAAAGUCAGGCUUCAAAUCCAGGGUGAGACUAAGAUAUCAUCGAACUUGAAGUCUGCCCAGUACAAGGGCGUCUUUGGCACCAUCUCGACUAUGGUGAAGACUGAAGGUCCGAAAAGCCUGUACAAUGGCCUGGUGGCUGGUCUGCAGCGCCAGAUGAGCUUUGCGUCUGUCCGUAUCGGGCUGUAUGACUCUGUCAAACAAUUCUACACCAAAGGAUCUGAGCAUGUUGGCAUUGGAAGCAGGCUGCUGGCCGGAUGCACCACUGGUGCAAUGGCUGUAGCAGUGGCUCAGCCCACAGAUGUGGUGAAAGUGCGUUUUCAGGCUCAGGCCAAUGCGUCGACAAGCAAGCGUUACAAGGGUACCAUGAAUGCCUACAAAACCAUCGCCAAAGAAGAAGGCAUGCGUGGCCUCUGGAAAGGUACUGGACCCAAUAUCACCAGGAAUGCUAUUGUCAACUGCACAGAGCUGGUGACCUAUGAUCUGAUAAAGGAUGCUCUGAUCAAAUCCAAUCUAAUGACAGAUACCCUCCCAUGUCACUUUACCUCUGCGUUCGGUGCUGGUUUCUGCACCACUGUGAUCGCGUCCCCCGUUGAUGUAGUGAAGACAAGAUACAUGAACUCUGCCAAGGGCCAGUACGAGAGCGCCCUGAAAUGUGCCCUCACCAUGUUCAGAAAGGAGGGACCCCGGGCCUUCUACAAAGGGUUUAUGCCCUCUUUUCUGAGAUUAGGAUCUUGGAAUGUGGUGAUGUUCGUAACCUAUGAACAGCUGAAGAGAGCCAUGAUGUCAGCUCGCGUCUCCUGGGAAUCUCCUCUCUGAACCGGCCUGAGGACACAUUCUGCAGGCAUUGUGUUCACACCGAGCACAACUGUCUCUACCUCCCCUUAGAUUGUUUACACUAGGUUUAGAGAUUUUUAAUUUUUAUUUCCCUUUCUCCACUUACUCAUUUUUAUGGGUUAACCACUUAAGUAUAAUAUAAAUAAACAAAGAAAAGAAAAUGACAGUCAAGCCAUGUUAACGCUAUAAAGCUUGCAGUGUGGGGUGCAUGUUUUUUCUGAUCUGUGAAUUAUUCCGCUUUAUUAUUUUGGUACCUUUUUUAAAUGUCUCCCCUUUUAACUUUAAAAAUUAGCACUUGUUCUGAACAGCCUGGAACUCGACAGUUAAUGUUUCAGCUUUUAAUUCUUAGCCCCUUGAAUAAAGUAAUGGCCAUGUUA